GGCUGGUUCGGUGGAGCUUUCGCUGGCCGACCGCCGCCAUUUUGUGAAGCGCUGAGGCAGCGCUGGCGGAGGAGGAGGUGGUGGCGGCGGUGAUAGGAAGGGUUUGGAGCAUUGUUGAGUUUAAAGGGAGGGAAAAGAGAGAAAAAGUGGGAUUUUUAGUUUGUCAGGGCCAGCUCUGCACGCACUUGAACGACAUUUACCCGCGUUAAUUAAUUUGUGUGGUGGUUUUUAAAUCAAUAUUUUUAUUUAAAAAUCAUACAAUGUCUGGCGAAGGAAAUGCGGAGCAGGCUCCAGAGUAUGUUCCUGAAAAAGUGAAGAAGGCAGAAAAGAAAUUAGAAGAAAAUCCAUAUGACCUUGAUGCAUGGAGCAUUCUCAUACGAGAGGCACAGAACCAACCCAUAGACAAAGCGCGGAAGACCUAUGAGCGACUUGUUACCCAGUUCCCGAGCUCUGGCAGAUUCUGGAAACUAUACAUUGAAGCUGAGAUAAAAGCAAAAAACUAUGAUAAAGUUGAAAAGUUGUUUCAGCGAUGUCUUAUGAAAGUUUUGCAUAUUGAUCUAUGGAAAUGCUAUUUGGCCUAUGUACGGGAAACUAAAGGCAAACUUCCAAGUUACAAAGAGAAGAUGGCCCAAGCAUACGAUUUUGCUUUAGAUAAAAUCGGCAUGGAGAUUAUGUCUUAUCAAAUUUGGGUUGAUUACAUUAACUUCUUAAAAGGAGUGGAAGCUGUGGGAUCCUAUGCAGAGAACCAAAGAAUAACAGCAGUUCGACGUGUGUAUCAGCGAGGCUGUGUCAAUCCUAUGAUAAAUAUUGAACAGUUAUGGCGAGAUUAUAAUAAAUAUGAAGAGAGCAUCAAUAUUCACCUUGCUAAGAAAAUGAUUGAAGAUCGGAGCAGAGAUUACAUGAAUGCUCGGCGAGUGGCAAAGGAAUACGAGACUGUCAUGAAAGGUCUAGAUCGUAAUGCACCAUCAGUCCCACCACAGAACAGCCCACAGGAAGCACAACAGGUUGAUAUGUGGAAGAAAUAUAUUCAGUGGGAAAAGAGUAACCCACUUCGCACAGAAGACCAAACACUAAUCACUAAACGAGUUAUGUUUGCCUACGAACAAUGUCUGCUAGUUUUAGGACAUCAUCCUGAUAUCUGGUACGAAGCUGCCCAGUACUUGGAGCAAUCGAGCAAAUUGCUGGCAGAAAAGGGGGACAUGAAUAAUGCAAAACUGUUCAGUGACGAGGCUGCAAACAUCUAUGAAAGGGCCAUCAGCACUUUAUUAAAGAAGAACAUGCUGCUUUACUUUGCUUAUGCAGACUACGAAGAAAGUCGGAUGAAAUAUGAAAAGGUACAUAGCAUAUACAAUAGGCUCUUGGCUAUUGAAGAUAUCGACCCAACAUUGGUUUACAUCCAGUACAUGAAAUUUGCACGAAGAGCCGAGGGUAUUAAGUCUGGUCGAUCCAUAUUUAAAAAAGCAAGGGAAGAUCCCAGAACGCGCCAUCAUGUCUAUGUGUCUGCUGCACUCAUGGAAUAUUAUUGUAGUAAGGACAAGGCAGUAGCCUUCAAGAUAUUUGAGCUAGGGUUGAAGAAGUAUGGGGACAUUCCAGAAUACAUAUUGGCUUACAUUGAUUAUCUUUCUCAUCUUAAUGAGGACAAUAAUACCAGAGUUUUGUUUGAACGCGUGCUGACAUCUGGAUCCUUACCACCUGAGAAAUCUGGAGAGAUCUGGGCACGAUUUCUAGCUUUUGAAAGCAACAUUGGAGAUCUAGCUAGUAUUCUGAAAGUGGAAAAGAGGAGGUUUGCUGCUUUUAAGGAGGAAUAUGAAGGAAAGGAAACAGCCUUACUAGUGGACAGAUACAAGUUCAUGGACCUGUUUCCUUGUUCCAAUAGUGAACUUAAAGCCCUUGGAUAUAAGGAUGUUUCUCGCAAUAAACUGACUGCCAUAAUCCCAGACCCCAUUGUGACCCCUUCAGCUGUGACUGUACUGAAGGAUGAGGUUGAUCGGAAACCAGAAUAUCCUAAACCUGACACCAACCAGAUGAUACCUUUCCAACCCAGACACUUAGCACCUCCUGGCCUUCAUCCUGUUCCCGGAGGAGUCUUUCCUGUACCUCCAGCUUCUGUACUCCUAAUGAAACUGUUACCACCUCCAACGUGUUUCCAGGGGCCUUUUGUUCAGGUUGAUGAACUAAUUGAAGUUUUAAGACGCUGUCAAUUACCAGAUACUGUUGAACAAGCUAUUGAGCUGAUCACUGGAGGCCAGCCUGAAAUGGUUAUUGAAGGAAAUGGACCCAUAGAAAAUGAUGCUGUGAUGAAAAAGCCCCUGAAAAGGGCAGCAAAUGAGGAUUCUGAUGAAGAGGAGGAGAAGGGAGCUGUGGCACCUCCUGUGCAUGACAUUUACAGAGCACGCCAACAGAAGCGAGUCAGAUAAUCUUGUCUGUUACAGACUGUUUGAAAGAACUGAAUUUACCGUUCUUAAAAUGUUGAGACAGAGCUACAUCUUCACUUGCCUGUGGAAAUGAGACUGUGCUUUCACUGUUGUGCCUCAUUCGAAUAAGUUUUUAAUUCAUUUGGAUGGGGGAGAAAUGGAUUAUACCUUGUUUCCUCUCUAUGAAAACUGUAGUUUUUCAUCAGGCUCUCGUUGGAGCAGAAUAAAAAUGUUUUGGUCUUGGUCAGGCAUAGUGCGUGUGCGUGCACAUACACGGUGUUAACAUUACAACUACAAUCUGUACAAGUCUGCUACUCUAAUGCAACUUGUGAAACUUUGUGAUUUUGUUUUAUUUGUCUGUUUCAUUUUUUAAAAAGUGGAUGGUGUAAAUGAGGGAAAGUAUUUUAAUAUCCCACAAAGCUGAAAUGCCACUGUCCUGUUGUGUCAUGUGGUUUCCUGCCAAGUCUCAUUUUACCAUUAUUUAUGGCAAUCUGUUUCUUUUUGUAAUAUGACAGCCUGAACACAACCUUUGUAAUAAAGUGAUAAAAAUACAUUUUAAGCCUUA